CAAUGACAAAAUAAGUAGAGUAUUUAUUUCCACCAUCUGAACCGCAGUAGAAAAUUGAAACCCCAAAAAUUCUCCCCAAAUCUUUGUCUAACAUAACCUCAUUCUCUCUUUAAGAAAAAAAAAAAAAUAUAACACAACCUUCUUCUAGCUCAUUUUCCAGCUUAAAAAAAUCUCACAGAUUUUCGUUCAUCUUGGUUAUUAGUUUCCUUUCUUUUAUGAUCGAGAUGAAGAACCGGAGCAAUCUGAAGGGAUUGUUGGCUGCCAUUUUGGUCUUCUUCCUCGGCGCCGCGCUUUUUAUCUCCAGCCUUACCGGAACCGGAACCCCCUUCCUCUGCUCUCUGCCUAAAUUUGUUGACGAUUAUACCCCCACAGCGGUUCAGCUCCAGGCGGUGCUCCACUACGCCACGUCCCAUACGACCCCGCAGCAAUCGAGAGGCGAGAUCGGCGUCUCCUUCGACGUCCUCAAAUCGCGGGCGCCGUGCAACUUCCUCGUAUUCGGUCUCGGCCACGACUCGCUCAUGUGGGCCUCGUUUAACCCACGUGGCACGACGCUGUUCCUUGAGGAGGACCCCAAGUGGGUCCAGACCAUCCUGAAGGACGCGCCGGAGUUGCGGGCGGAGACCGUGAACUACCGCACGCAGCUGAAGCAGGCGGACGAGCUGCUCUCCUCGUACAAAUCCGAACCGGCGUGCGCGCAGUCCGGGGCGGUCCUACGUGGCAACGAGCGGUGCAAGCUGGCGCUGAGCAACCUGCCGGGCGAGGUGUACGACAAGGAGUGGGACCUGAUCAUGAUCGACGCGCCGCGGGGUUAUUUUCCCGAGGCGCCUGGUCGGAUGGCGGCUAUAUUCUCGGCGGCUGUCAUGGCCAGGAGGAGGCGGGGAUCAGGUGCCACGCACGUGUUCUUGCACGACGUGGACCGGAAGGUGGAGAAGGCUUUUGCCGAGGAGUUUCUUUGCCGGAAGUACCUUGUUAAGGCCGUCGGGAGGCUCUGGCAUUUUGAGAUUCCUUCAGCCGCUAACGCCACCGACACCGCUGGCGUGCGUUUUUGCUAAAAUGCCCUAAUAUUCAUGUUUACCUUCUGUUAAAAAAAGAAAAAGAACAAAAGCCUUUCGGCAUAGCCAUAAUAGGGUCCUGGUAAUCUUUCUUUUCUGCUGCGCUUUGUUACCAAAAAUAAAUAAUUGUUUUAGCCUUUUAGGUUACCAAAAAGAAAUAAUACUUUUAGCCUUUUAGGUUAA